AACAACGUUGCUCAGCAACCUCAAAUGGUUUCCUCAGACGCCACUAAAUCGCUCUGAAAAGUUUGGCGAAGAUUAAUUUCAUUUUGCACCCGCAUCGUUCGUAUGAGUAGCUGAGCAAACACCAACAACCAUAAAGGCCUGCUUGUGUGGUUACCACUCGUAAAAGUGAAAAAGGGAAACGGUCUGUCCUGACAAAUAAAAGUGACCGGACAGCCGAGGUCAGGUUUCAGUCUGCGUCGGAGAGUCGCUUGUGUUGGGAUACCUAGUGGGGAAAGAGCUAGCAGUGCGAAUAAUCUUGUGAUUCUCCCAUCAAGGACUUUGGGAAAAGUUACACACUAAUCGAGUGAAAAAAUGAUCAAGAGUAUGGAAAACUUGCAAGUACUGAAACAGUUCAGCAAGCUGCUUCAAGCAUCGAAUGCUGCCGCUAGUAUUGCGCGUUCAACGCACACCCGAGUUGUUAGUAAAGCAAUCCGAAGUGAUGGCGCUGCUACUGAUGGUCAGCGCCGUCCACCGGCCGGCAUCACGUACACACAUGUCAAAAUGUCCAGCACACAAACGGCAGCGAAGACAAAAGAGUCGGUUGCGCAAAAAAACUCCUCGUAUGGGUUAGCAUCGCGGGCCGUAUUCGACCGGGAGGACAAAUUCGGAGCACACAACUAUCACCCGAUUCCGGUUGCGCUGUCACGUGCUCAAGGUGUGUACGUGUGGGACGUCGAAGGGAAACGGUACUAUGACUUUCUCAGUGCCUACUCGGCAGUUAAUCAGGGACAUUGCCAUCCGAAGAUCGUCCAAGCACUGACGGAUCAGGCACAAGUGCUGGCACUAACGUCCAGAGCAUUCUACUCAAAUGUACUGGGCGAGUACGAGGAAUACAUCACGAAGCUUUUCGGCUACGAUAAAGUGCUACCUAUGAACACUGGCGUCGAGGGAGGCGAAACUGCCUGCAAACUUGCCCGUAAGUGGGCUUACAAAGUGAAGAAGGUUCGUAACAACCAGGCGAAGAUCAUCUUUGCCGAGGGAAACUUCUGGGGACGCACACUGGCAGCUGUUUCUUCUUCAAGUGAUCCUUCCAGCUACGACGGCUUUGGGCCAUUUAUGCCAGGUUUCGAACUUGUUCCAUACAACGAUACCGCUGCACUGGAGAAAGCAUUACAGGAUCCGAAUGUUUGCGCAUUUAUGGUAGAACCAAUUCAAGGCGAGGCUGGUGUUGUUGUGCCAGAUGAGGGUUAUCUCAAGAAAGUUCGUGAACUGUGUACCAAAUACAAUGUACUGUUUAUAGCUGACGAGGUUCAAACCGGAUUAGCCAGGACUGGUCGUUUACUAGCAGUGGAUCACGAAGACGUUAAACCCGAUAUCUUGAUUUUGGGAAAAGCCCUCUCGGGAGGAUUGUACCCAGUAUCAGCAGUAUUGGCUAAUGACGAGGUCAUGCUGUGCAUUCAACCUGGAGAACAUGGUUCGACUUAUGGCGGUAACCCGCUUGGAUGCAAAGUAGCACUCGCUGCGCUUAAAGUUUUAAUUGACGAAAAAAUGGCUGAAAAUGCCGAACGAAUGGGUCACAAACUGCGCACCUCCCUAGCUAACCUACCAAAGGACGUCGUUUCCACUGUUCGAGGCAAGGGUCUGCUGAAUGCCAUCGUAAUCAGCUCCGGUGUUGACGCAUGGGACGUCUGUCUCCGAUUGAAAGAUAAUGGGUUGAUAGCGAAGCCCACCCACGGUGAUAUUAUCCGAUUUGCACCUCCACUGACCAUUAAUGAGCAACAGUUGGAGGAGUGUUGUAAUAUUAUCAAGCAAACGCUGAUGUCAUUCACCCACGGACAGUAAGAUAGUGGUCGAUACCGUGAGCGUAUUUCCUUGAUUGUAUCUCUAUAAGAUUUGUCAUUAUCUCAAAUAUAUUUUGCCUUUAAACGUUUUGUCAUAAAAAUUGA